GAUUAAUACAUUAGAAAUAGAUAUAUUUUUAUAAGUAAUGGUUAGUGAUGAUGGUAAAGAACAUCAAAGCCACGUUGACGAGGAAGAUGAAGAGGCCGACUCGGAUGAAACGUACAUAAGUUGGUCCAAUUUGAUCUUCUUACCAUUCCAUCCGGUCUUUAAAUGCCUUGUUGUUACUGUGGUUAUCAUAAAAACUAUUCUGGGUCCAAUCCAAUCCGUAUAUCCGAUCGUGCACUGCUGGGAUACUAUGAACUACGAGCCAUUUUUGGUACUGAUAAAAAUCCUAUACUUAUACAUUUGCGACCCUAUUUAUGGAGUUGAUACGUUUCUUCAUAUACUUCACAGACAAGUCACGGACGAAGCUAUGAGACGAGAAUAUUUGCCAAAGUCGGCAUUUCUAUUGUUACUUGACAUUAUAUCUUUGAUUCCGUUCUACCGUCUUUUGUCGGAGGAUAGCUGUAAUCCAGUGGAGCUGUACCCUAACAUACUUUCUUUCACUGAAUUUGUUAUUGUCUACAGAAUUGCAGAUAGUUUUUCGCUCUUAACAACACAUAAUUUCUUAUGGAUGGUGUGUGGGUACACAAUAAUUUUGGCUGUGAGCCUUAACUGUAUUGCUAGCUUCUUGCUCUUACUCACAACGCGCGGUCUCUGCAAGAAUUGUCGUAAAGGACACUAUGAUUGGCGUAUUCACGUUUUACAUAAAUUGAACGAAACUGACCAUCACUUCAGCACUUACGUAUAUGGAGCCUCAAUAUCUUUGUCAUAUGCAGUUAAUAACCAGUACCAUGAAAUAAAACCCGCAGUUUUAUCGGAAUAUAUCCUUUUUGGUGGCUUGAUGAUAGCUGGAGAUCUUUUGAUGAAGUUUGUUGUAAUUCCAAAGAUGGUAGCGGAAGCUAUGUUGCGCUUCCGUCAGAGAAGCACUUUUUAUCCGCAAGUGCAGAGGACACUAGAAGAAACUCGUAGGCGUAAUCCUUCAUCAAAUGCAUACAAGGAUGUGAAAAAGUUUUAUGCUCUAAUGUGGAAAACGAGAAAUGGUAUCACUCAUAUUCCUGAAGUUAUAUCAGAACUACCAAGAUAUCUAAGAGUAGACAUUAGACAGGAUCUGGUUUGGCAUGUAUUUUAUCAUAGUCCGACAUUGAGGAAGACAUCGUCUCCUUUUAAACGCUGGCUUUGUAAUUAUGUCCACUUAGAUUACAAACUUCCCGGUGAGAAGUUUUUCGCAGGUCCGCAUUACCAGUCCCAUUUAUAUUAUAUCAAAUCUGGAAUAGUUCAGUUGAUAUCAUUGGAUGACGGUUCGACGCCUCUAAUUUCUGUGACGAGUGGCACAAUUUUUGGUGAUGUUAGCUUCUUUCUUCCAUUGUUCAAUAGAAAAGCAUCAGUGAAAUGUCUAACAUACUGUGAAAUUAUGUAUAUUCCACGCGUGGAUCUUUUGAACUCCCUGCAUAAAUAUCCAGAAGAUCGACGUUUGAUCAUGGAACUAACUAAAGAUAGAAUCAAGCAUGCCCGCACAUUAUACUCAUGUAAACAACACGUGAAAGGCUUAGAUAGAACUGAAGAUGAGGGCAUCGCAUGGGUCAAAAAACGCUGGUGGGAGAUUUCUGAAGCUGUUGCCGCUUGGAAAAGGAGGUCGUCUAAAAAGGAAAACCAAAAAUGCGAGUUGCCCGCUGAAGAAGUAGUUUAUCAUUGCGCCAAAUAUAUUGGUCAGUUGGUACUCUGCAGUGAUAUUCAGCUACAGACAAAAUCCUUGUUUGCCAACGUUAAAUUCCCAUGGAUAUUCGUACCGGAGUCACUAUUCUGCCGUAUUUGGAAAACGAUCGUUAUAAUUACAGUGUUUUUUGUGUUGGUGCUAUAUCCGCCGUACAUAACGAGAGUAAACAUACCGAUCUGGUUUACGUUUUUCCAGUUCUGGGCAAAUCUUAUUUACAUUUGUGAUAUUUGUGUUUCUCUUCUAACAUCUAUAGUGAGCCACGAAAAUGUUACUGACAAUUUUGCGUCUGUAAUGUUCGCUCGUUGUAAAAGUAAGAAAUUCGCUCUCGAUCUGCUGUCGACGGUUUGGCUCGAAGAUUUGGCAGUAAUUACUGGCGUACCCGAAUAUUAUGACGUUUGUCAGUUCAACCGCUUGAUCAAAGUAUACGUUUUGUUUACGAAAUGGGAUACAAGAAAAGAUCCACUAUAUGAUGUCGGCUAUAAGAUCGGUCUGAUACACUUCUGCUUUGUCUACAUUGUUAGUUAUUUUCUGUUCAUGAUGGACCGAAAAGAAAUCAAGAUAAGCACAUCAUAUUUUUUUGGCGAAGUGUUUUGUGAGCGGGGAGCACCAAAUCAACCAUGUGAUUUUGAACAUGGUUCUCCUUUCAAUGUAGUAUUAGCGUGGCUCUUAGAGUAUGUGGUUAACGAAUAUCCACCGAACACAUUGAUGGAUAUAUAUGUAGCAAUGAUCAUAAGUUACAUCGCAUUUAUUGUUUUUGUAUUUUGCCAGUCACACUUGGUUGGUUCACUGUAUUUGAAAUACCAACAGAUAGCAAAUUAUCAAUUCGUUGUGUCUAAUAUAGAAAGUCACUAUCAUCAUAUAAUUCACCCAGCCCUCUUGAUGCGCUUGAAUAGAUAUUUAGUAUGUCAUUGGAAAUAUUACUAUGGGAUGGAUGUUAUGCAUCCGAAUUUAUUAAGAAAUGAACCAUAUGAUAUUUAUUGGAAAGUUCAUGGUAAAGUAGCGGAAAAAGUGAUUGGAGAGUCAAAGGCGUUUGUUUAUGCUGAUCGUUCAUUUAUAAGAGAGUUGGCGUAUAAAGCAAAGUUUUUAGUAUUGCCGAAGAAGUCGACAAUUAUUAUUUUUGGUCUGAAUUGCAAGAACGUGUCUUGGAUUGUUCAAGGCUCCGUAUUAUGUGAAUAUCCAAAUGAGGAAGGUGAAUUAUUAAAAAAGACCUUAUAUCCUGGCGAAAUCCUGACGUCCCUCGGGGUAUUUUUUGGUUGUGCGUCACUCGGAACAUUAACAGCUGAUACAGAAUGUGAAAUACUGUACAUAUCAACUAAAGACUUUAUAGACACAAUGAAACGCUAUCCGAACGAGUGGGAACAUUAUCAAAAUUGUGUAGAGGAAUUUUCUACACGUGUAAAUAAAACAGUUCAAGAUUUUGUUGAAAAGUUUAAAAAUUAUAAAGUAAUAAUGAGGCAUCGUAUUUUUCAUGCCAGAAGAAGAGGCAUAGAAUUAUCGUCGGCAAAUACUGUAGACGACAAAAAGCCGAUAACAACUUACAUUACUAGAGAUGCUUGGCUAGACCCUGAGUCAAGGUUUAUGUUUAACUGGAUGACGUUCCGCGCUUUACUGGUGGUAGUUUCAAUAACCAGCUCUGCAAUACAAGGUGGCAGUGGGGCUUUUCACAGAUGGCCGUUAGUUUUAAUAAGCGGAAUUUGUGAUGUGAUUGUGAUACUGGAUAUUUUUUUCAAGAUCUUUCUUGGUUACUACGAUGAACGCGGUUUACUUAUUACCAGUUUUGGCAAAACCACAAAACAUUAUAUGAGCCGAGGAUUCCUUUGUGAUCUCAUCGGAUGUCUGCCUUGGCCGGAGAUCAUCAACCUGUUCCUAGCUAAACCGAUCAGUGAGAACGAAGCGAUGCUGAUCAAUACAUUCAGUAAAUUCGCCCAUUUGUAUAUUUUGAUGGGCUAUUUCAAUUAUUUGGCGGAUUGUCCUAACGUUAAUUUUGUGCUUUUGAUGAUCAUGAAAUGGCUUGUAGUAACAUUACUGGUAAUGCUCGGCGCCGGGCAGUACUUCGUGAGUCAGUGCAUCGAUUUCGCCUGGGACAACAAAACUAGACUUGUUGGGAUGCAACUUCGCGACCACUGUUGGUUACCGAAAUAUUUUCCUAUAAGCGAUCCUCCUACUGUGCACCAGUUGCAUAUGGUAUACGCUGAAAGUCUAAGUCUAGCUCAAAAUGCUUUUAUGAGAUUUAACCUGGAAAGGUUUAGAAUAGACCGUCUCAAUUUAGGCGUUGCAAUUGUGCUUCUACUUAUAGGAAUCAUGUUCUGGUAUGUGCUUUGCUACACACUUACACUACUAGUAUUGAACUGUCGAGGGAAUACGCUAUUUCAACAUGGCGUGAAUCAACUCCGAAGAUUUCUGCAAGCUGAAAGAGUUGACAAGAAUAUUAUAAUUCAUGCAGUUGCCCAUUUCAGAUAUUGGUGGUUCAGAACGAAGGGAAUAAAUAUACAGGGUUUGAUGAACGAGCGCAUCGGAGGCAUUUUCAGACAGGACUUAAGUUACUAUUUCUUUAAAAAAACGGUAGAAGCAACAGACACUUUGCUACAAGGUGGUGAAACUCUGGAGAGAGAGCUAGCUAGUGCUUCAACACAACUUUACUUCCUACCCCAAGAGGUUAUAGUUAGAGAAAUGCACUUGACUCCUUGGGUCUACAUCGUCCACCGUGGUAAGAUAAUGAUUCAACGAAAAGGAGAGAAUAUUGCUCUUCUGACAAAGGGUGCUAUAUUUGGGCAGUUAGAUGGAACGACAGUACGACCUUUGCGUAUUUCAGCGUUUUCAGUUGACCAUGCUGAUCUUCUUCAGAUCCCUAUUAAAGAAUUUCAAGAAAUAAUUUAUGAUGAGGGAAGGCAAAAUAUCGCAAAAAAUCCUCAAGCUAAGUACGAUUUCAUGACUGUGAAGAAAUUGGUCGUUGAGAACCCCUACAAUACCGUGAAAUAUUUGCUUAGAGGACAAAAAGCUGUUAAAUUACCAUGGAUGCACAAGCGAAUGAGGGCACAAGGCUGGUACUCCCGCUGGCUAUAUUUCUCCUGGGUCUUCUGCCCUGUGCUCGCCGGUUUCACUGCGCUGUUCCUCGUCACGGUGCCCGUGGAGUACAAAUCUGAUAUCUUCUCCUUUCUGCUGCUGUUGGAUGCUAUGCAUUUGCUGCAUAUGGCCUCUGAGUUUUAUUCUACGGAGCUAGUGGUUGAUCAAAAAAGAUGCAAGAAUAGAGUUAUAAAAUGGGGUAUCUUUAAGAAAUGGCAAACUUAUGUCGAUAUUAUAUCAAUAGUUAUACCAGUGAUCGCUUAUUGCUUUGACAAUAGACAAUAUGGGCUCUUUAGACUUAUGAGACUUCGGUUACUUUACGAUUUUCACGUACAUUUUUGUAAGGGAUUUCAAAGUACAAUAGCUCCGAUAUUAUUGAAGUUCAUAAUCAUAUUCUUUUUGCUGCAUUGCAUGACAUGUGGAUGGAUUUACGUAGCUUGUAGAGAUUCAGAAUUUCCAUUAAAAUUCCCGGAAAUUCCUAGACAUAUUAAUGCAACAAUCAAUUAUAAUCAGUGGACUUCGCCGUUUUCAAGAAAGGGAGGAUGUGCCCGAUUAACAAGGAACUACUUAGCAAACGACAAAACUAAAUUUGGUUUCAUGGUCCCUGUGUCUUGGACGGCGGACUAUUUGGUGGCUAUGUUAUACGUUAUCAUUAUUUAUACACACACCGAAAUUGAUAUAGUAGUGGCGCUAACGUUAAAGCAGAUCUACUAUAAGCUUUUAAUCAACUUCAUCAUAUACGCAGCUGAUAUCUGGAUACUGAGCAUCGCGAUCAGCUCUGUGUAUACGAAGUUCCGUGAACUGUACACAUACGAUUACGAUGUUAACAAUCUUAUUACUUACCUACAAAGGAGUGGCUUGUCACCGAUGUUGUUGCAAUCUGUACGGGAAUAUACUAAGCAGCUUUGGCAGAGACAAAGAGGUAACUGGCUUCCAGAGUUAGCCCAGCAUGCCCCUCAUUGUCUUCGGGAAGAUCUUUUUGGUGCUCUGUACAUACAUCAUCUGAAAACCGUUCCUAUCUUCAGAGAUUUACCUGAGUAUUUCAAGCGACAGUUGGUAGCUCGUUUUCGAAGAGUGGUAAUUUUUCCAGGUAAAUGCAUAGUCCAAGAAGGUGAUAUGAACUCUUUUAUGUGCUUCAUCCAUGAAGGAGAAGUUGAAAAGUGGUAUACUAACAAAAAAGGCGAAAGAAAAACGGUGUCCGUGUUGAACACCAACGGGUAUUUCGGCUUGAUUCCAGGACUGUUCCCAAAUUCGCCGUUCCAGUUUACAUAUUACUCACGCACGGUGGUUGACAUUGUCUUCCUAAGGUAUAGGGAUUGGCAAGACCUUCUACUAGGAUACCCUGAUGUUAAGGAGCAGUUGUAUACUGCUGCGAUGCAAUACAGAAGAGAGAUGGUUUGAAGCUUUGAAGAAAGAAACGGGAACAUGAAGAAAAUAUUUUGUUCGUGGUUGAAGAUAUU